AUGGCCUUCUCGAAGCUUGCCGCGCCAUCUCCCGGCCGGAGCUUGAGAAACUGUCGACAUAGCAUUCGAACCACCCACGAUUUCUUCUCCUCCAGACCUCCGCGGCCGAGGUUUUUUACACACAAACCCUCGUUGCUAGUGGUGGCCCGACCGAUUCUACGCCCACAGCUGCCCUUCUUGUAUCCCUUCUCCCGUGGCAACACGCUCCAAACACACGUCGGACGGUUCAUCUCGACCGAACGCAAACAACGCUGGAAGGAACAGUUCUGGCGCUACGUCCGGAUUAAUGCCUACCUUUGGCCCGCGGCUCUCCUACUCACCAUCCUUUCGAUGGGCAUGAUUCACACCAAGCUGGAACGAGAUUAUCCCACACCCGGGGAUUGGUCAUUCUGGAGUCGGUGGUGGAUGCGCGAAGCAAAAUUUACGGAGCUUGACGACGGCGCCAAGGUGAAUCAGAUUCUGACGGAUUGGGCAAAAGCUGGUCGAUUAUACCUGAGCGUUCUCGAAAGGCUGGAGAGCGAAAAGGUGGAUGGCCAGUUUCUCAUCAAGCAGCACGCGGAGAAGGAGGAGGCGUCACCUGCGGAUAAUACGACUGAAGUUUUCGACGUGAAUGCGAAGAGUGAGCAAUGGCGUCGAGGGUAUCAUGAAGCUCUCAUGGGUGCGGCUCGUGUGGCUGAGCAUCUGGAGGGUAUGUGCAAGCUGAAAGGAGACACCGGAGGAGGCCGCGUGUAUCCCUGGGAGAGUAUCCCUUCACCACAAAACCCACGACCGAAACCACUGCCCUACGAUAGAAAAUACGGUCAUAUCAGUCCACCCACUCUGGAGGAAGUCGAAGACGCUUUUCCGCCUCCGGCUUUUUUUUACGACAAGAUAUUGGGCACUGUUGGCUUUGACACGCGGCAACGACUCGACGCAGCUCUCGCCUAUGCCGAUUGGUGUGAUUUCAAGGGAAACAAUAGUGCAGCUGUGGGGCUGUACGUCAAAGCCGCAGAGAUUGCUCAAUCCGGUCUGCCGGCGGGGAGCGCAGAUGUGAUUGACGUGCAGUCUGGUGUCAUCCUCAAAGGGCGAGAAGACGCCGUAAGCGACAACAUCCUGCGAGUCUGCACUGCCUUUGGAGUUCACCAUGUCAGAGACGGCAACGUCAGGAAAGCCCUCCCAGUGUUUCUAAGCGUUCUGCGAGCCAGGAAGACUCUGCCUGCGUCUCCCCUUGGCCCGGCCAUUGGACCAUCAAAAGUCAAAGUGGAAAAGGAUGACAGCUGGCUGUCUUAUGUAUAUGCUUUACAAGACCUGUUGGUCGAGCGGCCGUAUCCUCCACCUCCGCCUACCGGCAACGAAAGACCAUAUCACACAUUGAAAGAGGCUUGCGAAGAAGUAGGACUCAUGACAUACAUUGGCGAGAUCCUUUUCGCCACAAGUGAUAGCGAACGGGCAAAAGGCCUCAGCUGGACCAGAGACAGCGUUGAAGCUGCCGAAGCUAUUAUGUGGGUAAUGGACGAACAAAAGGAGCAAGAUGGAAGGGAUCGAUGCCGCGAAUGUCUGGAAACCGGUCUUCAAAACUGGAAAGCUAUGUCUCAGCAGAUGGCGCGACUUGCGGCGAAAAGGGAGCAAGAGACCGAGAAUAGCAAGGGGCUUUUCGGGCUCGGUUUGGGCAGAACACAACAGAUUGAAAAGGCUCGAACUGAGAGAAGGAGAUGGGAUGAAGAAAAUAUUCAAGUUGAACUGCGGAGGCAGAAGACUCUCCCACUCCUGCAAGAGCCACUGCAGCCUCUUUCUGGGAGCUGGUUGUCAACUCGCGUGUGA